UCAGAUGUCAGAGUGUUUCUACUGUCUCCCUCUGCAAUCAUAGUCCCAACGAACUUUUCAAACACUCGAACGUCCUGUAAAAAGGAAAAAAAACACACACAUGAAUAUAAAAGAAAAAACAGGAUUCAAGAAGUUCCUGACCUUCUUAUCUCUUUCCUCUGACAAAACAGUAAUGUGUAUAUCUAUCUCUUCAUGCUAUAUAUAUACAUAUAAGUAUUAUAAGAUAUAUAUACAUGUAUAUAUAAUCCAGUGCUGCAUAGUGAUCCAUUGCCCCAGACGUCACUUCUUAAAUGAUCCCACAAGGAUAUCGUUAUCUAAUCUGAUCCAGAAUCUUGCAACUCCCAAUGCAUUUAUUAUUCAAUAGUAACAUCUCCUUUUAAUAAUUUAAGCUGCUGCCUGCUUAGUUUCCUUUUCUGUGAAGUUGUGGGCAGCCUAGCAUUUGUUUCUCUAAAUAUAUAUAUGUAUGUUCUUGCGUGAUCUUUAACCAGACAGAACUAACUUUGUGGGUUUGAUUUGAGGACCCUUUUUGAGGUUGAUUGAAGUAAAAUUUUGGGUGUUCUUUCUCUUCUUGAUUUCUGGGGUUCUCACUGGAAAACUUGUUUCUUUGUGAUUCUUGGUGUUAAGGGCUUUGUUUCUUGGUUGAGUAUGUCAUCAAAGACACUGAUUCUAAGUUUUUGAAAUGGGGAGCUGUAAGAGCUUUUUGUUUAAUGCUCAAAUUUUAAGCUGUUUACAACCCUUGCUUCCACCUUGUUCUUUGUUUCUUUGAGUAUCUGCAGAGAAUUCCUGUAUUGCUUGGUUUGAUUAUCAUUAGCGAUAUCUGGAUCUUAAUCUGUAUUGAUUGUUGGAGAAAUACAACUUUAAGUUUAUAGAAAGCACAGUUCUUGAAUAGAGAAGUUCUGUUCCUUUAUUUAGCUGAAAUCAUGGAUAUAAGUAAUGAGGCUAGUGUUGAUCCAUUCUCAAUUGGGCCUUCGACUCUCUUCGGUCGAACGAUUGCAUUUAGGGUCUUGUUCUGCAAGUCGAUAUCGCAUUUAAGGCAUCGAAUCUUUGGAAUGUUGUUGAUGUGCUUGUACAAAUUCAAGAACUGUUUGAGGGGCUACUUAUCACCUGUAGUCUCAUGGUUCCAUCCUCGGAAUCCACAAGGGAUUUUAGUAAUGGUUUCGUUGAUUGCAUUCUUGUUGAAACGAUACACGAAUGUGAAAACGAGGGCAGAGAUGGCGUAUAGGAGGAAGUUUUGGAGGAAUAUGAUGAGAUCUGCAUUGACAUAUGAGGAAUGGGCUUAUGCUGCUAAAAUGCUCGAUAAAGAGACCCUUAGAAUGAAUGAAUCGGAUCUUUACGACGAGGAGUUAGUGAGAAAUAAGCUUGAGGAGCUUCGCCAUCGUCGUCAGGAAUGUUCUCUUAGAGAUAUCAUAUUCUGUAUGAGGGCUGAUCUAGUCAGGAAUCUCGGCAAUAUGUGCAAUCCGGAGCUUCACAAGGGGAGACUCCACGUGCCGAAACUAAUAAAGGAGUAUAUAGAUGAAGUCACAACACAAUUGAGAAUGGUCUGUGAUUCUGAUUCAGAGGAGCUUCUGUUGGAGGAGAAGCUUGCUUUUAUGCACGAAACAAGGCAUGCAUUUGGUAGAACGGCGUUGCUUUUAAGUGGGGGUGCUUCUUUGGGGGCUUUCCAUGUAGGGGUGGCGAAAACAUUGGUGGAGCAUAAGCUGUUGCCGAGGAUAAUUGCUGGUUCUAGUGUUGGCUCUGCUAUGUGCUCUGUCGUUGCUACUAGGUCUUGGCCUGAGCUUCAGAGUUUCUUUGAGGAUUCUUGGCAUUCGAUUCAAUUUUUUGACCAGAUUGGUGGGAUUUUCACCGUUUUCAAGAGGAUCAUGACACAGGGUGCGGUUCAUGAGAUCCGGCAGCUGCAGAUGAUGCUGAGACAUCUCACAAAUAAUCUAACUUUCCAGGAAGCUUAUGACAUGACGGGACGAAUCUUGGGUAUCACGGUUUGCUCGCCAAGGAAGCAUGAGCCGCCUCGAUGCUUAAACUACUUGACUUCACCUCACGUCGUCAUAUGGAGUGCUGUGACUGCUUCUUGUGCGUUUCCAGGUCUUUUUGAAGCUCAAGAGCUGAUGGCAAAAGAUAGAAGUGGCGAAAUUGUGCCUUAUCAUCCUCCAUUUCAUUUGGGCCCUGAAGAGGCUUCUAGUGUUUCAUCGCGUCGCUGGAGAGACGGAAGCUUGGAGAUCGAUUUGCCCAUGAUGCAGUUGAAAGAACUCUUCAAUGUGAAUCAUUUUAUCGUGAGUCAGGCAAAUCCUCAUAUUGCACCUCUCCUGAGGCUGAAGGCUAUGGUUAGAGCUUAUGGAGGCAACUUUGCUGCAAAGCUUGCUCAACUAGCUGAGAUGGAGGUAAAACACAGAUGCCAUCAGAUAUUGGAGCUCGGGUUCCCACUCGGUGGAGUUGCCAAGCUGUUUGCUCAAGACUGGGAAGGUGAUGUAACCGUUGUAAUGCCGGCUACGUUGGCUCAGUUAUCAAAGGUAAUACAGAAUCCUUCUUAUGUGGAGCUUCAGAAGUCAGCAAACCAGGGCCGGAGAUGCACUUGGGAGAAGCUCUCAGCCAUAAAAGCAAACUGCGGAAUCGAGCUUGCUCUUGACGAGUGCGUUGCAGUGCUCAACCACAUGCGUCGACUGAAGAGGAGUGCCGAGAGAGCUGCUGCUGCUGCUUCUCACGGCCCAGCCAGCACAGUCAAAUUCAAUGCUUCCAAGAGAAUCCCUUCUUGGAACAUCAUUGCCCGAGAGAACUCGACAGGUUCCCUUGAGGAAGACCUCCUUGCAGACUCGCCUCAUCACCAGGGAGUUGGCGGUUCAAUGGGGCAUAAUGGUAGAACUUGGCGCAUGCAUCGCUACGCGCAUGACGGCAGUGACAGCGAAUCCGAGAGCGUUGAUCUCAACUCGUGGACGAGAUCUGGUGGACCGUUGAUGAGGACGACUUCGGCUGAUAAGUUCGUCGACUUUGUGCAGAAUUUGGAGGUCGAUCCAAGAACAAACAAAGGAACAACGAGCCACACAAACAAUGCUGCAAUCCAAGUUUCUGGUAGGGAUCAAGUACUUCAUGGUUUGAGCGUUGCAAUACCGGAUAGAACAUCGGACACAGAAUUUGAUCCCGCAGAUUUUAGCAACAGAGCUCGGACAAGCAAUUCAAGCAUUAUGGUGGCUGAAGGCGAUCUUUUGCAGCCUGAAAGAACCCACAAUGGGAUCAUGCUCAACGUCGUGAGGAAGGAAGUCUUGACUCCAUCCAACAGGAGUCAUGAUUCAGAAAACGUUGGAUCUCCCCACGAUUCCCUUCCCGAGUGCGUGCAACUCGAGAGUCCUGCAAACGAGAUGGAUAUUAGCUCGGUGUCUGAAACUGGAGAUGAUGUUAGAGAGGACCUCUACAGAGAUGACGUCGAACCGGGUCAUGACUGAUUAAUCGGUUAGGUUAAUGAUGCCUAUGACAAGCAUGUCAUGGACGGUUGAGGACUAGGAGGUUCUUUCACUACUAGUACAUGCAAGAAUUUCCAGGUUUUCACACGAAUUCUUUGCUACUCAAGAUUUGUCAUUACAGGGUCCAAAAUCUGCUUUCCCCAAUGAAUCACCUCAUGUUGUCACAAUCUGAAAUUUCUUAUGUUUUAUGCAACUGGAGUCCAGAAAUGCAAGGCAUUGAACUGACA